AUGUGCAGCAAAACCCAAGCAGAGAACUUGCAGAAGCCAAAACCCCAGGCUUCAGCCUCUUUCAAAGUUACAGGACACAAGCCCACUGACUGGGACAACAAGUUGUUGCUAUGGACGGGCCGUUUCAAGAAAGCAGAAGAUAUACCAGAAACAGUGUCAUUUGAGAUUGUUGAUGCAGCAAGGAAUAAGAUGCAUGUGAGGAUCAGCUACGUAAUGAUUGCCUUGACAAUCAUGGGCUGCAUAAUGAUGGUCAUUCUGGGCGCGAGGCACGAAUCCCUGACGAGCCAGAACCUGGAGAAAAAAGCUCGCUGGAGAGAGGAGGCUGCUCAGAGUGUCUAUGCCAAACCAUAG